AUGGCGGACACGAAGAACGGCGAAGGCGAGGCUCCGUCUUCGACGGCUGGGGACCAGUCCAAUGCACCAUCACCGCGCAACGAAGAUGACGCGCAAAGCAAUCAACAGCAUCAACCCAGCGCUGCAUUAGAAGUAGCGCCUUCAAAAUCAACUAGCAAGGCUUCUACCAGAAAUUCGACACCUGCUGCUUCUUUGGAAGUACGGGAGCCUGCACAAAACCCCAACGACGCGUCUUCUGCCAUGGACGACGUGCAACCAUCGCCCGAGGCGGCCAACGUCGCUUCAAAUCAGUCCAAAGCAUCGUCAAAGGAGCCAGAUCAAAACGGUGAGGCGCUAUCGUCAUACGGUACGCGAUCGCGCGGCCGUCCUGGCAGGUCGCGACCUAAUUAUGCUGAGGACACCGAAAUGGACUUCGAAAUGGGAGCUGCAGCCACAAAUGGCAACGCAUCUGAUCCGCCGUCGCGUAAUUCUGUGGCUCCCGAGAACGGCCACUCUGCCAAUGUGGGUGGGAAGAAAGGUUCCGCCUCUGCACAAGGCAAUGCAUCGUGGGGUAAUUCCGGAACCAACACUAAAGAGACCGCGCCGAAUCCUCAUAUUUCCGGCACAUCAGCAACAGCUGCAUCGACUCAAUCAAGCACACCACAACCGCAGCCCGCAACCAAACGACGCAAAAAUGCUGCUGCGAACGGCGCAAAUGGUAGUCACGCGAGUGCCGCUGCGCCAAGCCAAGCAGGGGCGAAGCGCGGAAGCCAUGCCAGCGCCAUGGUAGCCGCCAACAGCGCGCGAGAGACCAACAUGAUGACGUUCGAAAACACGGGUGCUUUCCUCAAAGACGGUCACUUGGAAGCCGACGAUGGCCAAAUUCUUUCAGUCAACGAUCAGGUGUACCUCGUGUGCGAGCCGCCCGGCGAGCCUUACUACCUCUGCCGGGUUAUGGAAUUUAUCCACGUCGACAACGACCCCAAGAAGCGGAUAGAGUCCAUGCGAGUCAAUUGGUUCUAUCGCCCACGAGAUGUCCAGCGCUACAACAAUGACACUCGUCUGGUCUACGCGACCAUGCACUCUGAUCUAUGCCCUCUGGCGUCUUUACGGGGAAAAUGCCAAAUCUUGCAUCGGAGCGAGAUCGGCGAUCUUGACGAGUAUCGCAAAACCAAAGACAGCUUCUGGUUCAACCAAGUUUUUGACCGCUUCAUUCAUCGCUGGUACGAUGUCAUUCCCGUCUCAUCGGUUAUCAACGUACCCGACAAGGUCAAGAAAGCCCUGGACGAGCGGUGGAAGUACAUCUGUCUCGAGACGAGUCGAGUAAAGGAACUCACAAGCGCUGUCAAGAGCUGCAAGCGUUGUGUUGGAUAUUGCGCAGCGAAUGACUCCGUUGAGUGCGCAGUGUGUCACAACACCUAUCACAUGAACUGCGUGCGCCCACCAUUACUCAAAAAACCAUCUCGUGGAUUUGCUUGGGCUUGUGGCCCAUGUAGCAGAGCGCAAGAGAAGAAGUUGGAGGCCCGCCUGGGUACCACUCACGAAGAUGCCGAAGAGGAAGAAGUUAUAGAUGAGGAAGAGGAGGAAGCAAGCGGCGAUACCAAUGCAGACACACCGGACCCCGAUUCCCAAGUCGACACACAUCCUGCAACACAGGCCGAGAUUGCUUUGGCUAAGAUGUGGCCUAUGCGAUAUCUUGGAAUACACUGCCGGGUAGAGGACGCACUGCAGUACGACGAUCGGGCCAUUUACCCUCGCGCAAGUUCUCGCCUGGGACCUCGACACCAAGCAAACGUCAAUGUCUGGCAUGGACACCCUGUGGAACUUGUCAAACCUGCGGAGAUUAAGAAACGCUACGUCAAGGCUGCGGGUAACAAGAAGGAGGGCAAGCUAUCGAAAGAGACGGUAGCGGCGAUUGAAGCAGACAAGGCGGAGAAGGCUAAGCGCCCCAAGUGGGUAAUGGACGAGCCGCCUGGUUAUGUUCGUCGUGGUGAAGAUCUGCCGAACAAGGACUCCAAGUGUACCGCGGAAUUGAUGUUCAAGAUGCCUCCACUAGGAGUACACUCCACUCGAGGAGAAGACAACGCUCCCAACGUCACAGAAGAUCAAGUAAAAGCCUACAUGGAUCGGGCAAGGGCCUUGGCCAAGUCGCAUGUUGGAGUGGAACCGUACAACACGAACUUCUUGGAUCGGUGCUUGACGCUCUUCACCAAAUAUCAGUACGACGCGGAUGUAGCCUUGAAGCAUGUCAAGAAGAUCGACAAGCGGAAAGAGUUGAAAGAACCAGAGCUGACCAAGGAAGAAGAGAAGAAGUGGAACGAAGGUGUGGCAAAAUAUGGUUCUGAGAUCAGGCUCGUUCGCCAGCACACCAGCAAGACCAUGUUCUACGGGGAUGCCGUGCGCUAUUACUACAUGUGGAAGAAGACACCCAAAGGAAGAGAGAUCUGGGGCUCUUACAGCAGCCGCAAGGGCCGCAGCAAGAAGGUUGAGCCUGACGCACAAUCCCGGCUUGUUGACGACGUAGCGGAUGCCGCAGACGACUCGGCUUUCGACAGCGCAAAGGCCAUUCAGCGCAAGCGGCUUUUCCAGUGCAAGUUCUGCACAGUUCGCCACUCUCGCCAAUGGAGACGCGCGCCUGGCGUGACACCUGGUCAGAUGAUACCCCCCGAUGGUCGUUCCAAGGACAAAACCGGAUUCCUCAUCGCCCUCUGCCUGCGCUGCGCGAAUUUAUGGCGCAAGUAUGCAGUGACUUGGGAAAAUGUAGACGAGAUCGCAAAGAAGGUCGCGCAGGGUGGAGGUAAGGCGUGGAAGCGUCGCAUUGACGAGGAGCUCCUGCGUGAGGUCUACGCCGCGCAGUCGGACCCCAGCUCCAAGAACCCCACUCCGGAGUACGUCGAGAUGCCGGCUGCUAUCGCCCAACCGAUUGCAGAGCCACCGAAGAAGAAGCAGAAAACUGCCGCCAUUACCAACGGAGACAGUGGAACAACAACUCCUGUCAACGAGCCUGUCUUGAAGAAGAAAGAAAAAGAGAAGGCUGCCCCGGCGCCCAAAGCCCCAACUCCACCACCAGUUCCUGCGCCUCCAAAACUGAAGCCUUUGCCCUGCGCUGUAUGUCGGUCGUCGGAAGGUACGCGUCUAGAAUGCGCAGCCUGUCGGUUGACUGUUCACAAACCUUGUUACGGUGUCGAAGAUACGCGACAGGCAAACAAGUGGUAUUGCGAUCCAUGCAAGAACGACAAGAAAGAGAGCGUGUCAUAUACGUACGAGUGCGUUCUCUGCCCACAGCAGGAGAGCGAGCAAGAGUUCUAUGAACAACCGAAGAUUACGCACAAGAAGAGGACGGAUCGUGAUCGCGAAAGGGAGCGCCUAGAGAAGGAGCUUAUUGACAAAGCCAAGGACGAGUAUCGCCUUCGGCAACAAGAGAAGGGUCGACCGCUUGUACCCCGUGAACCGCUCAAGCGCACCGCUGACAACAACUGGGUGCAUGUGUAUUGUGCAAUAUGGCAUCCUGAAAUCAAGUUCAGCAGCGCGACACGUCUCGACAUGGUGGAGGGAAUAGGAGCACCAACACUUCGAGAUGCUGUACCUACGGUGACUAUGAACGGAGAGACGGGUACUCUGAUCGCCGCGAUCUGGUGUAAAGACCACGCUCCCAAGACUGUUGUCCACCCAAUGAAUGAACCCGUAGAUGGAACAGACCUGAUUGCGCUUCAGCUGUUCGCGCGGGAGUUCAAGCAGGCUGACCUCACCCUGACCGGUACCGCGCGCAAAGCCAAUUUGGUGGACCAAUCGACACGCAUCGUACCCCAAAUCGUGCCUGCGCCGGCCAACCGUCGAGCAUCUGCAGUCGCAGCGCCCACACCCACGUCAGCCCGAGGUCGACAGUCCAACGCUGGUAUAUCAGUCAAGGAAGAGUCAAGCGAGCCAGCGGCGCCCAAGCCUGAGCGUGAAUGCGUGCGCUGCAAGAUCGAAUCUAGCCCACGAUGGUGGAAACUUGACGAGGAAACGGUAGCAACGCAAGCGCCUCGUAUAGUAGACGGACCAAUCGACCGUGACGGUACUGCAGAUAUGAACGGCCACAUCGAGAAGAAGCCCGUCGUCGAGGAAGGCCAGAUCGUCAACGGCAAUGGCCAAGGCGAUCAGCCAAUGACCGAUGCGCCAGCUGUUGCUUCACCAGCGCACAAAACCUUGAGGCUCAACACUGAUGUGGACGCGGCUCCUUCAGCUUCAUACAUGUGCCAGAAGUGUCAUUGGAAGAAACAAAAUGGCAAAGAUGAUGAGGAGGAAGAGCGAGCGAGAUCAGUUUCGAUCUUCAAAGAGCCACCACAAACGUAUCCACUGCCCGCGACUCAAAUUCCACCAUAUCCACCACCACCACCAGCUUUGGCAGGAGGUUGGGCGCUACAAGGCGGACCGAUACCAGGUCAGCCUCCGCCGUUGCCCUCAUGGCAUAGCGGUGUUCCUCCAGGGCCUGGGCAUCCCCCACACCACAUGCCCAACGGAAACGGUUACGGGCCACCACCACUACAAGCUCCACCUGUUGGCCAUAUUCCUGCAUUCCACGCGCCAUACCCGCCUCAGCCGAAUGGGUGCACCGAUGCACUCGGCGAUAGCAGCGGCAGGGCUUCGGCCACCGUACUCUGGACCUCCCAUUAG